CGGGGGCGGGGCUUCGAAGGAAGGGCGGGGCUUUCCCGGCCCGCGUGCGAUCCAGUUUAGGAACUUGGGUGGAAGCUAGGGACGGGGAUGGGCGUGCCCGCUUGACGGGCAGAAGGGCGUGUUGUGCGUGAUGACGUGUCUGUCGUUGAUUGGGAGAGAAAGCCGGAGCCCGCGUGGACGCGUUGCCCCGCCUUCUGUCCCCGCCGCUCGCUCACCGGCUGCAAAGGUAGGUCGGCUGUACUGUAAGUGUUGGGUGUGGCCUGCUGUGGCCUUGCACGUCCGCUCAGUGUCGCGCGGCCCCUUGCUUCGCAGCAGAGCAGCGCCGAUCCGAAGAGACAAACUGUGAGUCCUGCUCCUUUCGCCCCGAGGUGCGGCGUAGGGCUAGUGGUUGAGGCUUCACUAGGAGUCCCCGGCUGAGGGUUGAGGGAGAGAUGGGGGUGAAAUAGAGGCGAGUGUUUUAGCCAGAGAACCAAGUACCCUCACAGUUGAGUAGGCGCCCGAGAUGAGACCUUCAGGGCUGGGCCGCUCCGUUAUACCCCGCCCCCCACCGCAGCCGCCGUGGUCCUGCAGCUUUCUUAAGGGAUAUCCAAGGGGAGGUUGCUGCUGGAAUGAUCCCCAUGCUCAUUUCCUCUGCUCCCUCCAGGCACCAAGAGCUCUGGAGGUAGCAGGACCCGUCAUUCACAUUUCCUCAUUAGUGACCCGAGCAUCUAAAAAGAAACUAGAAGUCAGUUUUCUUUCAUCUAUUUAUUUAUUUUUUUUUGUAGCACAAGACCUGGCCCGUGGUAGUCAGGCGCUCUAUCUAUCACAGAGCUGCUUUCCUCGGUAUUUUUUUUUUCUGUUUAAAUUUGUUUGUUGUUCAUAAUUUCUCUCACCUAGUGAGCAAAACCAACAUGUCAGGGUGGGAAUCCUACUACAAAACUGAGGGUGAGGAAGAGGAAGAGGAGGAGGAGAGCCCUGACCAGGGUGGAGAAUAUAAGUAUUCAGGAAGAGAUAGUUUGAUUUUUCUGGUUGAUGCCUCCAGGGCGUUUGAAUCUCAGGCUGAAGAUGAAGUCACACCUUUUGAUAUGAGCAUCCAGUGUAUCCAGAGUGUGUACACCAAUAAGAUCAUAAGCAGCGACCGAGAUCUCUUGGGAGUGGUGUUCUACGGUACUGAGAAGGACAAAAACUCAGUGAACUUCAAGAAUAUUUAUGUCUUACAAGAUUUGGAUAGUCCAGGUGCUAAACGGGUGCUAGAGCUUGACCGGUUUAAGGGACAGCAGGGGGAAAAACAUUUCCAAGACACGAUCGGCCACGGCUCUGAUUACUCCUUGAGUGAAGUGCUUUGGGUCUGCGCCAACCUCUUCAGUGACGUCCAGUUCAAGAUGAGUCACAAGAGGAUCAUGCUCUUCACCAAUGAAGAUGAUCCGCAUGGCAAUGACAGUGCCAAAGCCAGCCGGGCCAGGACCAAAGCUAGUGAUCUCCGUGACACUGGGAUCUUCCUUGAGUUGAUGCAUCUGAAGAGACAAGGGGGCUUUGACAUAUCCUUGUUCUACAGAGACAUCCUCAGCACAGCUGAGGAUGAGGAUGUCGGGGUUUACUUUGAGGAAUCAAGCAAGCUGGAAGACCUGCUAAGGAAGGUUCGAGCCAAGGAAACCAAAAAGCGAGUGCUGUCCAGGUUAAGGUUUAAGCUUGGUAAAGAUGUAGCAUUUAUGGUGGGCAUCUAUAACUUGGUCCAGAAAGCUAACAAGCCUUUUCCAGUGAGGCUCUAUCGAGAAACAAAUGAGCCAGUGAAAUCCAAGACUAGGACUUUUAAUGUUAACACCGGCAGUCUGCUCCUGCCUAGUGAUACCAAGCGAUCUCAGACCUACGGGAGUCGUCAAAUUGUGCUAGAGAAAGAGGAAACAGAGGAGCUGAAGCGGUUUGAUGAGCCGGGUUUGAUCCUCAUGGGCUUUAAGCCCUUAGUAAUGCUGAAGAAGCACCACUACCUGCGACCCUCCCUGUUCGUGUACCCAGAGGAGUCCCUGGUAAACGGGAGCUCGACCCUGUUUAGUGCUCUGCUCGCCAAGUGUCUGGAGAAGGAGGUCAUAGCAGUGUGUAGAUACACACCCCGGAAGAACACCCCCCCUUAUUUUGUGGCUCUGGUGCCACAGGAAGAGGAACUGGAUGAUCAGAAUAUUCAGGUGACUCCAGCAGGCUUCCAGCUUGUCUUCCUCCCCUAUGCUGACGACAAGCGGAAGGUGCCCUUUACUGAGAAAGUGAUGGCCAACGCUGAGCAGAUAGACAAGAUGAAGGCUAUUGUCCAAAAGCUCCGCUUCACGUACAGGAGUGGCAGUUUUGAGAACCCAGUGCUGCAGCAGCACUUCCGGAACCUGGAGGCCCUAGCUUUGGAUAUGAUGGAGUCCGAGCAAGUGGUAGAUCUGACAUUGCCCAAGGUUGAAGCCAUCAAGAAAAGACUGGGUUCUCUGGCUGAUGAGUUUAAAGAGCUUGUCUACCCCCCGGGCUAUAAUCCUGAGGGAAAAGUUACCAAGAGAAAACAAGAUGAUGAAGAUUCUGCAAGUAAAAAGCCCAAGGUGGAGUUAUCAGAAGAAGAGCUGAAGGCUCAUGUUGCCAAGGGCACACUGGGCAAGCUCACUGUGCCUUCAUUGAAGGAGGUUUGCAAGGCCUAUGGGCUGAAGAGUGGACCGAAGAAGCAGGAACUGCUGGAUGCUCUCACCAGACACUUCCAGAACUGACUGAAGACCACACUCACAGCAACUUCCCAUACUACAGCCAGACCACCUGCUUGUGUUCCCGCCAGGUUAGCCGGUGUUUCUUAGCUACAGAGAGCUGCCUGACAGAAUGCAAGGGACGUAAUCAUGGAGAUUGCAGCCCUCCCACUUCGCUGUGCCUUCCACUACUAGAUGAAUAAAGAGCUCUAACUUUA